CUCUUGAAAAGGGUGGUCUUCUCCUCAGGAGAAGGUAUGGCUUUCCCUCAGGAAAAAAGGGUGGGCUUCUCUUGAAAAAGGUGGUCUUCUCCUCAGGAGAAGGGUUGGCUUUCCCUCAGGAAAAAAAGGGCGGGCUUCUCCUCAUGAUAAGGGCGGGCGUUCCCUCAGGAGAAGACUGGGUUUUGCCUCAGGAAAAAAAGGCGGGCUUUCCCCUCAGGCAGCGGCUGCCCGCCCCCCGCGCCCUUCAGUCAGGGCGGCUCGGAGGGCGGAGCGGGAGGUAGCGGUGCCGCGGCCGGCCCGCCCGCCCAGAGGCAGCGAGCCAGUCGGGAGGAGGAGGAAGAAGAGCGGGAGGAGGAGGAAGAAGAGCUGCUCGGCCGCGGACGCCAGCGCCGUCCGCCGGUGAGGCGAGGGGGAGCUCUGAGGCGGCGCCGCCCCUCGCCGGGCUGUAGAAGGCCGGUCCGGGCGGGCCCCGCGCCUCAGCCAUGUCUCAGGAAGGAGCCGCCAAGCUGCGCCUCAAGCCCAGGAAGGCGCCGCCAGCCUGCAGCCGGGAGAUCAGCCCUGGCCGGGAGUCCCCCCGCCGGCGCCGGGUAUCGGCUGGCAGUUGUUCCUGGUUUGAAAAAGAAGAUUUAAAUGAGUGUGAAAAACCAUGGAUUUUGUUACUGAAAACCAUCAGUCAAGAUUUACAAUGCACAAAUUGGCAAACAGUGCCCAGUUUUCCGGAGUUCUUUGGGAAGAGUUCAGAGGAAGAGAGUCCACGAAAACAGGAAGUGUUUACAAUUGGAAUGAAAGACUUUCAGUGGGUAUCGUUCCCAUCUUUUCCCAAAGAAAAAUACUUAGAGCCAAAGGAUCUUAGCUCCCAUCAGCUGACACAGAGCCAGACCGACCAUCUACAGCAAGGACGGGGCCAAGCAUCAUACACUGAAUGCACUGAUACACUGAAAAGUUUACCUUCUACAGCUGAGAAAACAUGCUGUGGAACUACUACAGAUCACAUCAAAAAUAUGGUUGGGGGAGACACGAAAGGAAUUUCAAAAUUGGAUAUAAGCCCUAAAUCGUGUAAACUCACUCAACACAGUUCUACACACCCCUUGGGAUUGUCCCAAAGCUCUGCAGAAGCUUUUAGCUUCCAACAGCUCUGCAGAGGGAUGGAACAGAACAGGGAAAACAGAAAAGAAGAUUAUAGGGAAGAGCUUCAAAUAAAAACACAUCAAGGGACUAUUUCAUUUGGUGAGGCCAGAUCUGUGCCUGCGGAAGAGAAGCCUCUUGGGAGCGUACCUGGAACUGAAAGCUGCAAGACGACGACUGAAAAUCAGAGUGGAGGAUCUUCAACUCUUGACAGUUGUCCAAUGUGUCUGAUUCAUUUUAAUGGAUAA